ACUGAAAAUCAACAAAAUUGUAUUUAUAUUCAAAUCAUUUUUUUCUCCUGAGCGUCAUUGACUGUUGGCAAUGGCAAAUUCUAAUGUUCCUUGAAAGUCUAAAUGUUGUCGACCACCGCGCCAUCUGUACAAUAGCAGAAGUUCGUUCCAAUGUUUCGGUUUGUGGUUACAUUAAUUUAUCAUUGAAAAAUGUAAUGUGUAUUAAAUAAUUAAAAUAGACUAUGAUUACAAGCACUCAGCAUUAGUUUAUUCCGCAUUACGUUAUUUGUGUAAUUAUAUACAAACCGAAUGUAUUUUGAUGCAAUUGCAAGCCGCUGUCACCAAAAGUGAAGAUGUCCUCAAAAAGUGAAUUAAAGAAAUUAUCGGAAGAGAGCUUGACGAGGCAACCGGAAGAAGUUUUCGACAUCAUUUGCAAGCUAGGCGAGGGUUCAUAUGGUUCUGUGUAUAAGGCACUCCACAAAGAAAGCGGCCAGGUACUUGCAAUCAAGCAAGUUCCAGUCGAUACAGAUUUACAGGAGAUUAUCAAAGAGAUAUCCAUAAUGCAACAGUGUGAUUCUCCGUAUGUUGUCAAAUAUUAUGGAAGCUACUUCAAGAAUACGGAUUUAUGGAUCGUUAUGGAGUACUGUGGAGCAGGAUCCGUGAGUGAUAUCAUGAGGUUACGGAAAAAGACUCUUCAGGAGGAUGAAAUUGCCACGAUUCUUAGUGACACGCUCAAGGGCCUGGAGUAUCUGCACCUGAGGCGAAAAAUUCAUAGGGACAUUAAGGCUGGAAACAUUUUGCUCAAUAAUGAAGGACACGCCAAACUGGCUGAUUUUGGCGUUGCUGGUCAAUUAACGGAUACAAUGGCCAAGCGAAAUACCGUGAUCGGCACACCAUUUUGGAUGGCACCCGAAGUGAUUCAAGAAAUAGGAUACGACUGCGUGGCAGAUAUUUGGUCUCUAGGAAUAACGGCACUAGAAAUGGCGGAGGGGAAGCCUCCCUAUGGCGACAUUCAUCCGAUGAGAGCAAUUUUCAUGAUCCCCACAAAACCACCUCCUAGUUUCAGGGAACCCGAUCAGUGGAGUCCAGAAUUCAUAGAUUUUGUCAGUGGGUGCCUUGUUAAAAAUCCAGAGGAGAGAGCCACCGCCACGGAAUUGCUCAAUCAUGAGUUCAUAGGUAGUAAUGCCAAACAGCCGAGUAUUCUUAGUCAAAUGAUCGCUGAUACACACGAGAUCCGGGAAAAGCAGAGCGCACAUCGAACCCAUGUCAUUAACAGCGUGGCAAUCAAGGGUCAGAAUAAUGGAGAAGAUUCGGACGAAGAUGAUUGCACGGGAACAAUGAAACCUCUUCCUGAAGACUCGGGUACUUUGGUGCCUUCUCACGAUCUUCCGGAUACUGGCACUCUAGUUUCAGCGAUGCUGGAUCUCGGGACGAUGGUUAUUAAUAGUGAUACGGAUAAUGAAGCUACAAUGAAAAGGCAUAAUACGGGAUCAGUCGAAUCUGGUAAGAAAUAUCGACCCUUAUUUCUUGAUCACUUCGACAAAAAGGAGGCGCCGGAAAUAGGAAAAGGAAACGGGCAGAUAUUAGCAGCUCAAAAUGCCGAAGUAGAAAAUAAAAUAGAUUUACAGAAUCCAAUUGAAUCUCAGAGGUUUCAAAGCCACCUACAGUUACAGCUCAGUCAAAUUUCUCAUCCUAUACCAGAACCACCUCACAACAACAUAUCAAAGUUCCAGAAUGCAUUCACAGAACGAGACUUUGAUUUUAUAAACAACCAUAUCCUGCAGCUGAAGUUCCUCUCAUACGAGGACCUGCAGCAGCGAAUGGCCAGUCUAGAUGCAGAGAUGGAGAGGGAGAUCGACGAGCUUAGAAGAAGGUAUCAAACGAAAAGGCAGCCAAUCCUCGACGCCAUGGACACUAAAAGGAAACGUCAACAGAACUUCUAACAGUAUGGUACUCUUUUUUUCACGUGAAUGAACCACGUGUGUGAUAGGUCAAGGGUGUACAGUUGUACAGAUGAAUAGUUUUUAUUCAAUUAGUCCUUCCCCCGACUGUCUCAAAGUUAGUGACGUUGAUUCUAGAUGUUGUACCGAACAAUCGAACAUUGAAAUUUGAAUAGUGUUUACUUUUGAAAGCAUUAAAAUUUAAAUGCUUUAAAACUAUUAAAUUUGGAAUCUUUUGAAUGUGCAAAGUAGUUAUGUUGAAAAAGAUUUCAAAUUUGUACUAAAAUCUUUUAUUGUUCAUUGCACUUCCGAAUACUGCAAUAAAUCAACGUUAUAGAUGUACUUUGAGAGAUAUGGGGUUUAGCGAAUACUAGCCAAUAGCAAUACGUCACCAUUGUAAAUUAUUUUACAUGAGAACCUCUGAUUCGGUGUUUCGUUCUCCGACUGAUUUAUUUAUCAACCGAAUAAAUUCGAUGCGUCGUUUGUCAGUCGACAGGUUUGGAGGUGGAAAUUUCGAUAUUGGGUUCGACGGAGAAACUACGACCAUACUUAAUUUUUCAUUAUGUGAAUGUAGUUAUUGUUAAAUAUGCUAUUCUUAUAGAUUAAAUAUACCCAAGAUAGAGUCGUUUAGUGAGUAAAAGUAAUACACCAUCGUCGGAAAUUGUAGGUACAACCAGCGGAAGCACUUUUAAAAAGGACUACUGACUUUGAAACGUGAUUACUCGUUCAAAAAAAGAGCGAAAAACUAAAAAAACUAAAAAAAAAAAAAUUUAGUUAUUCCCCAUAAGUAGGAUAUUUUUAGUCGUAUCUCGAGAACACGUAAAGAUGUUUUAAAAAUUUUAGUGUCUAAAAUUAAGGAUAAGACUUCAAAGACAUAUACUUCAAGAAAUAUCUAUAUUAGCGCUCGCUCGCCACAUAGUUUAAUAAAUUUUCUAGCGGUAUUUAAUCAUGUUUCAAAGUCAGCAGUGAUUUUUAACAUGACGUUCGCUGGUCGAACGGACAAUUUCCGACGGUAGUGUUGGAGAAGAGUUAACGGUGUAAUCGUCAGGUUUCAUAUAGAUCAGCAUUUUUUCGCGCAAAGCCAUUACGUUUGCCACCAAGUAGCUAUAUAAUUUACACCAUAUUUAGAAAGUAUCGCAAUUAUGUGCUUGGAGUACAGAAAUAUUUAUCACCAGUGAGAAGAGGUAGAUGAGAUUCGCUUCCUAAUCUACUGCCAUUUUAUAUAGUGACAUGUUUUCCUGCUGAAUGUGCAUAUUUUGGAUUUAUUUUUUACGUUCAAGGUUAGAUCUCUUUCUUUUUUAUUUGCUUUUAUGUUUGUGAAAGUUAAACAAAUUUUCUGUUUCGCAGCCGAUUUUUUAUUAAUGAUCAUUGCGUUAGAUUUUAAUGUCUUUCUUACAGUAAAGGUUUGUUCAUUUUUUAAAAAAGAUAUUGUUAGAGUUUUUAAGUAAUGUAAAUACUAAUAUACUUUACCUUUCUUUGAGGAAAUCUAAGUUCCGCUGUAAUAUAAAAUACAUUUCGGCUUACUUUUUUAAAAGAUAACUUUUACUGUCUAAUUUUGUAAUGAUUAUUUUAGAAAGAAUAUUUACUAAACAGAAAUUGAUCCUCAAAUUUAGUAGGGGUCGUUCGGGAUUUUGAAAAAUCUUCUAUAAAUAUCGUCAACAUCUAAAACUAUGUAUUAUAUAUGGACGACUUUUUAAAUAGAUUUAUAUUUCACAU